AUGUUCCGAAAUGUAUGUGACUAUUUCAAAAGUGCCAAUGAGAAGAGUGAAAACGGCGAAAAGGAAGCAGCUGAUGGAGGUAAUAACAAAGGUGAUGGUAAUGCCAACGGGGUGACUGACGAGAGUGGAGAAAGGGGCACCCUUUGUGAUGAGGCAAACCAGGAGGACUACCCUAAUGAGGAGUGUUACAAAAAUGUAGGUGAUAUUUGCAAAGAGGAAGCGAGCACUGAAAAUAAUUUUAAGAAGAAUUAUGAUAGUUACAACGAUUUGGAUAAUGUUAGGAAGGGGUCCAGUACGAGUGACGAGGAGAGUCGUAAGAAUAGAGACCCGGUUAGUAAUGGGGACAGCGGAAAGUACAUCGAGCCGUUUGUGAAUAAUUGCGAAGUAAGCGCGAGUUGCGCGGUGAGGGACUCCCUCGGCGAAUCCGCAAACGAGCACAACGCGGUAGACCCGGAAGGCAGAAGCGGAAGCGGUGGCGGCGACAUCGGCAGCAGGAGGGACAAGCACAAGCUGGACCUGGGCGAUGAAGCCCUCAAGAGGAGGAAGUUGGCCGAAUGCGAAGCGGCAGAAGCAGUCGAAGCAGUCGAAGCAGCCGAAGCAGCCGAAGCGGUGGAGAACGCCCACGCGGAGGAGGACGAGAAGUCAAGCGAAGGAACUGCGGAUAAGGAACUGCCGGCGGAGGAGAACCUCGAGGAAGGUGCCAACAACCCCCCGAGCGAGGAGAAGGUGACUUAUUUGCAAGAGAAACUGGAGCAGCUCCUCUCCGAGACGAAGCGGUACACGGAGAAGCUGUCAGGCCAGCGACUAAAAAUGAAUAUGCAGUCCAAGGCGAACAAAACGAGACGUUGCGCAAUGACCGAGAAGGAGGAAGAUUACAUGUUACUGAAGGACGCCAACGAGGAGGAUGAGACGUUUAUUAUAAAGCAGCCAGCUAACAUCAACGGGUGUAUGAAGCCGUAUCAAAUAGAAGGGCUAAAUUGGCUGUACCAGCUGUAUAGACACAGGAUAAACGGCAUUUUAGCGGACGAAAUGGGUCUAGGAAAGACCUUGCAAACUAUCAGCUUAUUAUGUUACCUACGAUUUAAUAAAAAUAUAAAAAGGAAGAGCAUCAUCAUAUGCCCCAGGUCCACGCUGGACAAUUGGUACCAAGAAAUUAAGAAGUGGUGCACGGAGAUGAAGGCGUUUAAAUAUUACGGGAGUAAGGAACAGAGGAGAGAACUAAACAAGAACGUUUUGCAUACCGAUUAUGAUGUGCUGCUGACGACUUACGAAAUAGUGAUUAAGGAUAAGAGCGCCCUGUUUGAUAUCGACUGGUUCUUCCUCGUAAUAGAUGAAGCGCACAGGAUAAAGAAUGACAAAAGUGUGUUAAGUUCGUCUGUGCGUUUUUUGCGAUCGGAGAAUAGAUUGCUAAUUACGGGGACUCCGUUGCAUAAUAACUUGAAGGAGUUGUGGUCCCUUUUGAACUUUUUAAUGCCAAAAAUUUUUGACAAUUCGGAAGAAUUUGACAACUUAUUUAACAUUUCGAAGAUUAGUUCGAAUGAUAAUAAGCAGAACGAAAUAAUUACGCAGCUGCACACCAUUUUGAAGCCCUUUAUGUUAAGGAGGCUGAAGGUGGAGGUGGAGCAGUCCCUGCCUCCAAAGAGGGAGAUAUACGUAUUUGUGGGCAUGUCAAAAUUGCAGAAGAAGUUAUAUUCUGAUAUACUUAGCAAAAACAUUGAUGUUAUUAAUGCCAUGACGGGGAGCAAAAAUCAAAUGCUUAACAUACUUAUGCAGCUGAGGAAGUGCUGUAAUCAUCCCUACCUAUUUGAUGGUAUUGAAGAGCCGCCUUACAUAGAGGGGAAUCACCUGAUCGAGACGUCUGGGAAGAUGUCCCUCCUGGAUAAGCUCCUCCCAAGACUGAAAAAGGAAAAUUCCAGGGUACUCCUAUUUUCGCAGAUGACCAGAGUGCUAGAUAUCAUUGAUGAUUACUGCAGGUGGAAGAAUUAUGAGUACCUUCGUAUCGAUGGGUCCACCGUGGGAGACGAGAGGCAAAUAAGGAUCAAUCAGUUUAACGAGCCGAAUAGUAAAUACUUUAUCUUUUUGCUGUCAACUAGAGCGGGAGGGAUAGGCAUUAACUUAACUACGGCAGAUAUUGUCAUUCUGUUUGACUCGGAUUACAACCCGCAGAUGGAUAUCCAAGCCAUGGACAGAGCUCACCGUAUAGGUCAAAAAAAAAAAGUCAUCGUAUACAGAUUUGUCACGCAAAAUUCAGUGGAGGAGAAAAUCGUCGAAAGGGCAGCGAAGAAGCUAAAGCUAGAUUCGCUUAUCAUUCAAAAGGGAAAGCUAAAUUUGAAUCACAAAGAAAAUAAUAAGCAAGAAUUACACGACAUUUUAAAUUUUGGAGCCCCAGAGGUGUACAAAACGCAGGAUAUCUCCUCCAUUUCGGAUGAAGAUAUUGACAUCAUUUUGGCCGAUGCGGAGAAGAGAACUAUGGAAAUUGAAAAUAAGUUAAAAAAUUUGGAAAAUAUUUUUGACCUUUCGAAUAUAUCACUAGAUGGAGGGUUGAACAUGUACAACGAUUUGGCAAAAGAUGGAUCAGAGGAUUCCAGCGAUGAGGAGUAUUCCGACUCGGAGGAGGGAGAAGAGGAGGAUGAGGGGGAGAGGGAUUACUCCGAGGGGAACGUCCCAGAAGGGCAAGCAGCAGCUGACGGAGCAGGCAUCCACGGAGUUCCCAAAAAGAAGAAGAAAAAGAAGAAAAAUCUUAACAAAAUAAGAAGUACCAUAAAGAAGUUUCUGAAAAAUAAUAAAAAAAAUAUGACCUUCCUCGAUUUAGGAGAAAGAAAAAGCAAAUGGAAAGUUAUCCAAUCGACAAGUAACAAAAUUAACAAGAAAAAAACGGAGCUGCAAGGAUGGAAGGCAGAAGCCAGAGGGGGGCAUGACUUCCAAUUUUUUAACAAUGCAAAAUUAGAUGAGUUGGAAAAGUUAGAAGAAAGGUGGAGCAAGUAUCGCGUUAGUCAAGACAAAAUUAGGAAAAUCAUCGACGCGCAAAGUGACCAAAAGGAUUUUGAAAAGUACAUAAAUUUUUCUGACUUCCUCGAUCGGCAUGGGAAGAAUAUUUACGAAAUUAUCAAUUUGAUAUAUCCGAACAUUUUUGAUGAGCACAGGGAUGAGGAGGGUACCGGUGAUCCCAGCAUCAACGGCGCUGAGGGGGGAAGUGCCAGCAACCAGGAUGGUGCGAACAAAACAGCAGGGGAGGUUGUUGCCACAGAAGCUACCGACAGCGUAAGCGAAGUCCAGCAGAUGAAGAAGAAAAUUAUCAAACUGUUUGAGGCGAAGAAGAAGCUAAGCAUGGUUCGGUUCAGAGACAAAAAUGUGAAGGUCUGCUACGAGUACCUCACCAACUUUGUUAAGAGGCACUUGGGAGACAACAAUAGCAACGAAAUUAGUAGCAGCAAGAAGAGCAAGAGCAGCAAGCCGGUUAGGAAGGGCGUCGAUCAUGAUUUGGUUAACGUAGAUAUUGAUCAGAUAAGGAGCGAAAAAGAGGAGCUGCUCAAGGAGGGGUUCGCCAAGUGGAACAAGGCGGAGUACAACAAGCUGAUGAGCGGGCUGAUCGUCUACGGGAGCGACGAAAUUGAGUUCAUCCACGAGAAGUACUUUGGCAACUCGAAGAAGACUCUGGAGGAUAUAAGGGCCUACCUGCGGGUCUUCUUCCGCAGGUACAACCAGGUCAAGGGGGGUAAAAGACUCUUCGACAAAAUUCAAAAGUCCGACCUGCAGAGGCAGUUGAUUCAGGAAGAAAACGACCUCAUCGCAAAUUUUGUUGAAAAGCAGCUGUCCGAUGGAGUCGACACCAUUGACAAGCUGGAGCUGCCCCCGAACCUUUGCUACGAACAUGUGCAGAAAGUCGAGGAACCACCAAACCCCACAGGGGAAGUUAAGGAAGAGAAGGAGACCAAACCUGCCAUGAGCGAAGAAGAAAUAGCUUAUUACGAAAGGGAAAAUAAAAUAUUACUUUGGCUGUUGUACCAGCAGGGGGUGGUCCACACGAAGAGCAUUCACAUUUUGACGCCCUAUUAUUGGGCCCAAGCUCAGGAUUUUUUUAAGUACGCAAGCACCCCGUUCGAAAACAUCGAGUAUAGAUGCCGGCUGAUCGUGGACGCCGUUGUCCAGAUGAACAGAAGGAACUCCAAAGCCUCGAACAGCAAGGAAAAGAAAAAGUGA